CGUGCGGUUUUUAGGUAAUUAGUUUCUUUAUACCAGUUGGAUUUUUAAUUUUACUUCUUGAAAGAAAGAUUUUGGAAUUUUUAACUUCUAGACAAAAAAAUAGGAAAAUGGAUUUCGAAUCGCCGUACCAUGUUCCCGUGUACAUGCAGUCAAUAUGGCCACAUGUUCAUUUCGUGUACAUGCAGUCAAAUAUGGCCACAUGUUCAUUUAAUGCUCGGCACAUUAUUCCAAAACCAGAGAUGGAUCAACACAUUGAAAUAUGCCCGGACAAGGACUUUGACAUUAACUUCGUGGAAGCGCAAAGUGAGAUUUCUGUUGUUCCAACAAGUUAUGAGAAACUUUACUUUGGAGAUGAGGAAGAUUGGGAUGAAGAGGCACGCAACAAUACUCAGGGUCUGCCAAUGGUUCGUGGACGUAGAAGGCAAAAAAGAAACGAAAUAAAUUCGUUUCCAUCCAUGUAUGAAGCUGAAGCUCUACCAUGUAUGGACUUUGACAUUAACUUCGUGGAAGCGCAAAGUGAGAUUUCUGUUGUUCCAACAAGUUAUGAGAAACUUUACUUUGGAGAUGAGGAAGAUUGGGAUGAAGAGGCACGCAACAAUACUCAGGGUCUGCCAAUGGUUCGUGGACGUAGAAGGCAAAAAAGAAACGAAAUAAAUUCGUUUCCAUCCAUGUAUGAAGCUGAAGCUCUACCAUGUAUGAAGCUGAAGCUCUACAUAUAGAGGAAAAAAUAGAACAAAGAGUGUCCUGCACCCCCAAUUGUACAACUGUUCAUUCUGCAAAAUGUAUUACAUGUAUUGUUAUGGUCUUUCACAUAUAAUAUUAGGUAAAUUUUAUAGUAUAUUAUUACUCUUAUAAAUCUAAAAAAAACAAAAACUUACAUUUGUCAAAUUUUCUUCUCAAAUAUAAAUUCGUUUCAAUCAGUUGGUUAAUACAGGCACGGAUUUUGUUUUAAUAACGUGUUUACUAAGGGAAUCUAAAAACGAAAAGCAUUUUAAGUAGUUAAAUUCUAAUCGUUAAAAUUAAACACAUAUAGGAAAUAAUAAACGUUGUCAAAAAGGCAAUGUUUUUUCCUAUGAACACAUUUUUUUGUUUUAAUAA